UAGUAAUUACAUAGCGGCAAGUGCUUGGCAGCGGUGUCAACGAAUGGUUAACGAGAGUGAAAAUGUUGACAACUUACAUGGAAAGCAUGUCUUACCACAAACCUCCUGCUUCGUGGAUGCCCCGUUAAGUUAAACCGAAGAAUAAGGGGUAUGAAUGGCUCGAAGUGGAUCCGAAUCACUAUUUAAAAAGAACACAAAAUUAGAAAGUUAUUUGAAGCGAAAUCUCUCGGACGAAGCUUUCGAGCGUGUGCGAGCAUACGAAUCAUGUAUAGUUGUGUCCGAAAAGGAAAACAAAGCGUUCAAAUACGUGAUCCUGGGGGAUGAGUCCAUCUACUUAACAGAAAACCCUCCCAAAAAUCUACAGGAGAGUGUAUAUUUGAAAGACAUCGUCGCUGUGGAAUUGGUAAAUGAUUUCCCAGAGUUCCUCAGCGGAGAAGAAAGAGAAAAUACUCAACAUUUGUCUGUGACGUUUUGGACAACGGAAAGUGUUAAAAGGAGAUCUUUUAAAAAGGGACGCAAAUCUCCACGAUUAGGUUCAGUUUCUGAUCUCCAUGGCGACCGGUCUAAUGCAUCAACGCCCCUUGGCUAUAUGUCCCAGGAAAGUACGAACUGGUCAGACGAUUAUGGGUAUGCAACUCAGAGCUUGUCAAGUUUGCAGGUCAGUCGGCCAGACAGUCGUGGGUCUAUUGGAUCAAACGGCAAACCCACUAGUAUCAAGAAGAAAAAGAAUCGUCUGGUGCUAGGUGACAGUUCUGAUGAAACACUGCUGAAAUCUCUGAAGGAGGAGAUGGAGGAGGAUGGUCUAGAGGACAUCGAGGAGAAUGAUGGCCUCUCCAACUCUUUCUCCUCCUCCCUACAGCGCACCUCGUCCAAUAAAAAACGAGAACUACCUGAUCCUGCCAAUUCCAAAAGUGCAUUUACAAAUAAGGAUAGUGACCAGUCUAGUCAAAAAGGAGUCAGUGGAGAAACUAUAAGUCUGUCUGGGUCAGUAAGAUCAAAUCGUCCUCUCCCACCGAUGGUCCCUAAAACCGCGGCUUUUGAAACUCUUGCAUCCCCACCAUCUCAAACUAUUGUUAGUAAUUCUAGUGUGGAAAAAUCCACUAUCAAUGUAGGGGUAGAUCAUAGUGACGAUACCAGGGUAAUUGGCACUGUGGAAGCUGAUGAUGAAACACCAACAUGCUGUUGCUCAAAACUUUUCUGUUUCAAAAAUGGAAAAAAUCAAAUUUUCCCAUUCUGUAGUAAAAAAGAUGCAACGCUUGAAGAUAGCGUCAAAAAUGCUAAUAUGUUAGAUAGUAAAGAAUCUUCGUACCCUGAAAAAAUCCCCCUUCCUGAUAUCACACUGGAUAGUAGUUCGCACGAGAUUUCCGCUCUAGGGUCAAAGGGUCAAAGGGGGUCUGUUCCAUCCUUGCAUGAAGCCACUCGGUCCCGCCGUUCCUCUAUCACCAGUAACCUGCGACCUCCGUCGCGGUCCGGUACACCUGCACUGGAAAGCGAACCAACCUUUACUAGAAGUGUCAGGAUUUUUCACCGUGAUUCAGCGUUUCUUGGCAAUUUAGCAAAUGCAUCAUAUUCUGAUUUGGGAGGCUCUGUGAAUGGGCUUUCUGCUGUGGGAGUGGAAAUUCCAGAAAAGCGAAAGACAAUUCUAAACAUUUAUUUGCUGAAUCUACAUUCACCUAUGUUAAUGCUCAUCCGAAGUGCCUGGAGUAAUUACCUUAUUCGCCUAACCAUGAUGUUAGAUCCUGAGUAUGAGAAAGUGUUCAAGUCCAGUGUGGUACGAGGUUCACAUAAUCAGAGGUCUGAGAAGAAAAAGAAAAGAGAAAAGAUGGAAAUGCUCUUCAGUCAGCUCAAAAGAGAAUUGCUCAACCAAGAAAAUACAAUGGAGGACACAUUUAACUUGUUGAAUGAAUUGAGGGUAGCCACUGAACGCAACUUUGCUCUCAAGAAAAUGUUCUGGAAGAACGCUGACAUGUUCCUAUUUCUGGUGAGACAGCUACAGAGGUAUUUACCUAAAUCUCCUAUCAACAUACACACCGACCACGGAAAGCUACAGAGGGUGGACGAGUUUGAACUUGUGAUACUGCUGACGGAAAUGCUCAGUCUGAUGUUCAGGGAGUCGGAGAUUAUCCCUGCUCGCAUCCAGACUCUGAGGGCUGAAAGAGGAAAAUAUGUGCUGGACCUGUUAAUGGUGCUGACGUGUUCGCCGGAGAUCCCCAACAAGUUCUCAGUACCCACACGAAGCACCAUGUCUGUCGGGGGCUCGUUUAAGGGAGGAGAUGGUAUGAGUAUGGAUGUGGACGCAGAGAUCGAGAAACAAUUAGUACAGUUUACGAAAACAGGACUUGCCGCCGUCUACGAACUCUUCCUGAUGGCAAAACAGGCCAACUGGGGAUACAGCGAGGGGAAUUUCUUCAACAUUGGCUGGAUGGUCAAGGUGCUAGAGGAGAUUCGUACGACGGAGAAGUUUGUCGACCGAGUGAUCCAACAGAUGCUGAAGUUACUGGGACCUGGUCGACGCGAGGUCCUCAACCCGGUGGAGGGCGUGCUGCUGUACACUCAGUUCUCCGUGAUCCAGACCUUCCUACAGUACAGCCCACGCUUAGCUGCCUUCAUACGCAGUAACUACAUGGAGGAAUUCAAAUAUUUUGUCCAAAUACCUGCUGUCAGUAAGAAGCUGCCGGGAGCCUACCCGAUCAGUGUUAUAAUCAUGCCUUUAAUAGAAGCUGUGAUGUCCAAGGUUCUGGAGAAACCCACCGUUGCCUUCCCCAAGUCGCCAAGGGAGUAACCUCCCCUAGUUACAAAGUAGACCUGUCCUUGAGAUUGGUCCUUAUUGUGCAAAUGAACAGAAAAUCUUGACACCUCAAGUUAUACCAGAACAAAAAAAUAUUGGUCUUUAAGGAGUAAAAUUUUAACUAGGUUUUACUGUUCUUUAUUUUGCUCCUGUAAUUACCUCAUACCCACCGACCCUUGACUGGUGACUGACCUCAUACCCACCACCCCCUGACCUCACUGCUGCAUAGCCUCAUACCCACCGACCCCUGACCUGACCAGUGCAUACGCUCAUACCCACCGACCCCUGACCUGACCAGUGCAUAUGCUCAUACCCACUGACCCCUGACCUGACUAUAGUAACUGAUCCCCUACCCAACAACCCCAGCCCUAACUGCUGACUGAUCCCCUACCCACCGACCCCAGCCCUAACUGCUGACUGAUCCCCUACCCACCGACCCCUGACCUGACUUUAGUGACUGACCUCAUACCCACUGACCUCUGAUCUGACUGCCCCCUGCAACAUUAAACAACCCCUGAUCUGAUUGGUAACCAACCUUCUACCACUGCCUGCUUACUGACCCUAUAACACCAACCCCGACCUGACUACUUACACACACCCCUGCCCCGCCCCACCCCACCCAACCACCCACCCCUACCAACUUCAACAAAACUAUGUUCGGUCAGAGAAAUGAAUGUCAUACUCUUUUAUCUUUUCUGUAUUUACAAUUGGUGUCCUUUGUCAAUUCGUUUAACAUCAGAAAAAUAGUUUUAAAUAUAUUUAUGUGUGGUUUAGUUUGAUUUGUUAAAGAAAUGAUAUACAGUGUACAUGUAUUACUGAAAAGGAUUAUUGAUCAAUUACUGGAAAAUGUUAUAUCUUGUGACAUUUUAUUGUUGUGUACCUGUACAAGAUUAUUCUGUGAUGUGUAUACAAUUGAUCUAUACAUCGUAAAUAUUCCAGAUUGUGACAUGUACCUUGAAAAUAUUUGUGCCAAUUGCAUUUGAGAUAACAAACACCAACAUAGAAUAGGAUGAGUUUAUGGAGUUAGGUUCACCUUUCAUUUUAAAUAUAGGUAUUAUUGUUCAGCUAAAACUCUCAUUUACCAUUUAGUGGCAUAAUAUUAUAGUUGUUUCAAAUUUAUUUAAUGUACCAUGAACAAUUUGAACAAGUUUUUGUACAAAUCCGUCCUAAAAUAUAUAUAUUAUUAUAUUUAUUGAAAAAAAGUAUUUAUAGGAAUCAACAUGAUAUAAUUUUCAUUUUCAUACAUUUUACAUUUCACUUCAAAUAAAACAUUUGAUAUACAAAAUGUCAUUAUGAAGAAUGUCAAAAAUGUGAUAGACUUAGAGUCAGUGGUUUUUAUGAGAUUUAAAAUAGUGGUUAAGUAUGUAUAGUUGUAGAUGCUGAUAAUCAUUGUUCUUCAAUGUAAUUUAUUUUAAUGGUAUAAAUUACUAUAACACAAUAUUCAUUUUAAGAAAAAAAAUGAAAUGAUAUUUAUUUAAUUUUUAUUAUUGAUGAAUAAACAUUGGAUUUCUGCAAUAACCAUAACCAGGAAAUGAUGAUUAUAAUAAAAGCCCUAAGUUCAGUUUAAGAAGAUGCCCUGAUGGCACAUACCGUACAAGGGAACUCCAUCUACUAAAGAUGAGGUUAGUUAGUCGCUUAAUGGCCCAGCGACGGUAAAGUCAUACAGGGCCUGACAACAAUGAUAAGGUGCACUCAAAAAUCUGAUGCUCAAAAGGAAACUGAAAGGUUAAAGGUUAAAAACUGCAUUCAUAAGUACACAGCAAAACGAUCAGAUAUUAUUAUUAUUUCUCAAAAUUCAGAUUUUACGGUAAAGACUAAUUUCAGGUAGAUUUUUUAAAAUCUUUGACAAAUUAGUUGUACAGAACAAUGUUGUCAUAUCAAGCACAUCAGAAUAUUUGUCUCAAAUCUGUCAAAAAUUGCUGAGUUUGAUCAAUAUCUGAGGCAAAGUCAUAUGUGCAUCACAUGAAUGGCAAAAGGGCUGGUCCUCUCAAUCAAUGAUCUACCCACAACUAUUCUGGGUUUACCGCCAUCCCACCAGCAUUUUAGGAGAUAUAUUGGAAAGAAGAUGUAAAUCAGCUAUUGGUAAUACAGACCCAUAACAAGCAGAGCACCUAUACAACCUCCACCAGCAUAUACAAACAUGCACAUAGAUGUUGGUGAGAGAGGGGAUCUAGAUGUGUUUUAGUGAGGCUGCUCUAACACUGUUCUGAUUGUGUUGAUUGUAUGUCUUUCAUCCCUGGAAUCAUAAGCGCCUUAGAGUUAUUUCCUUGGGAUUGAAUAGGGCAAUUUACAUAUAUUGUAUACUAAUAAUGAUAAAUACAACAUGUAAUAACAAAUGUGAAUAUUAUAUGUCUGCUAAGUAUAAGUGAGUCGUCAUGUUGAUAAGCAAUCUCAGUUUGUUCUAAAUGAUAGGAUUACAAUCUCAUAUUUAAUGGUAAAUAGUUGACAUGCAUUAAUGUAUUAGUAUCACACUGUGAGCAUGAUGCACUAUUUUGUCCACCUCUGUUGUGGUCAAGGUAUAUGACUGCAUUGAAACAUCAUUCAAAGGUUGGAUGUUCAAAGAUUUUUUCACAGCUAAUUUUAUCAAAAGGCACAUGAAAUUGCACCAAAAUCACAAAUGAGAAGAAAUUUAAAUAAUGUAACGCUGUAAAUAGACAGUAGAAUACCAAUAACUUGGGCUCCGGUGAUCUGGACAACUCACUUGUAGAUCUUCAUUCACUUGGAUUCCAUUUUCAUUAAUCUAUAAAAUCAGGAAUGCCAGGAAUUGUCAGCCUUUUACCUAAUUAACUUCAGCUUUAAGUCAAUAUAUGUUUGCCCUGUUUGACUAUGAGGCCUGGAGUGUUCGAUAGCUUUGAGCUCCAAUGCGUUGGUAUGCAUAGGUUCAAAUACAUUCACUAAAUGUUUUCAAAAGAAUGUAUUCUCAGAUGAUUUAAGAAUAUUUUAAGUUCAGUUUGCUGUAAGUUUAAUUUCAUUU